AUGGGUGCACAACACACGGAUACAGAUACAGACACCUAUACGUACACAGCAGCCAGUAGGGCGCUAGAAACCUCAGAUCUAACCCCCAAAAGAAGUGGAGCAUCAGCCCCGUCCAGAAUGCCACGCCCCAGCCUCUUCUUCAGCCUUCUCACGGUGGGCAGCCUGCUGCUGAUGACGGCAGACGCCAGUCCCGUCUUUGUGGAUAAUCCCAGCUUAGCACAGUUCCAAUCUGGUCGAAACAUCCGUCAUCUGCCCUGCAUCGUUCGCAAAUCGGGACGCUCUGGAGUCUGUAUGUUUGCCAUCGACUGCAUCAAGCAGAAUGGCACCCACCUGGGCACCUGUAUCGAUCGCUUCUACUUUGGCUCGUGCUGCGCCAUGAAGGAGGAAGCUUCACUCUUUGCGCCGGAGAUCAACGACAACAGCAUUGACCAGAACACCAUCUCCCACUUUUCCCACGAGUCCACCACUCUGCCCACCAGUGCCCUCUUCAAGCUAACCACCGAAAGCAGCUUCUCCAGUAGCAGCAGCAUCAGCAGCAGCAACAGCGGUAGCAGCACCACCCAUCAGCACACCACCAACGAGCUGCUCAAGAACGUCACCCAGUCCUAUCUGAGCACCGCGAAGCCGUCACCUGUUCGCACCACCGGCAACGGCACGCUCUCAACCACACGCCGCCCACCACUGGCACACACCACCCACAAGAACUCACACUACGUGGUGCGCACCACUAUGAAACCCAGUGCCGCACCUACGACAACGUUUACGCCAACUAUUAAGCCACCACGGCGGCGCACCACCACCGCCAAGCCGGUGCUAACCACUGCUCCGAUCUUGGAACAGCGCAUCGAAACCACCUCGGUGCCCACCAAGUUUGUGACUUUCCAAAUUGUGGAGACGACAACGCCAGCGGUGACCGAACCUACUUACCAGCAGGAGACAACAACAACUACCACCAGGCGACACACAAGACCAACGGGAAGCAGCUCCGCAGCCAGUAGGACAACCAGCAAAACAACAACCACUAGCACCACUACCACAACAACCACAGCAGCUCCACCCACUACAACGAGCACGAAAGCGGCCGCAACCACCCAACGUCCAACACCACCGCUGCGCACCACCACGAGUAAGCCGCACAAAACUCAUUCCAGCAGGAGGCCAGCACCUGCGAAAAAGCCAGUGAGUACGACCACUACCACCGCCAGUGGAACGCAAUCCACACGAAAGCCGGCUGAUGGUCUGGCCACAAGCAGCACCACUGCAAAUGCCACCACAGCCACCACUUCGCCAGCUCGCAGGCCAGUGGCUCAGACGAGCAGCAGCAAUACUACCACCAGCUCCACAUCUACCACAGCCACCGUCUUUAAGGAUGAACUGCCCAAGAACCGCACCACAACCAGGUUGCCAGAACGCACCACUCAAGCCCCGCGGCCCAGGCCGAAACCCACCGGGGAAAUCGUCAAGGUGCCCGCUCUGAUUGCUGAGUCAACCACAACCACCGUCACGAAGGGUUCAUCCAGCAGCAGCAGCAGCAGCAGCAGCAGCAGUAGUUCUUCAAAGCCUGCAGCAAGUAGCACCACUCCUUUGAUAACCAAAAAAAAGCCAACCACCACCAACGCUCCAACUACCACUACUACUACAACUACCACAACCACAACGCCGAAACCCACUCGAAGAACGAAGCCUCCCACAACAACAACCACUACCACUAAGGCUACAACAACAACCACUACUACUAAGGCUACGACAACCACCACAACAACAACUACCGCGAAACCCGUGACCACCACCGAGCCACCCACAAGUGCACCCCUAACAACAACCACCAAAAAGACCGGCCUAAUCACUUGGACUGACGUGAAGGCUGAGCCACCGACUAAUGCCAGUAUUUCGAACGAUUGGCAGCCUGCACCACCUUCUAACUGGAUGCCACUGACCACCGAAUCCAGUGAAGCCGCUGACAAAACAUCAGCUCCCGCAGCCCCACCUAGCGCCACCGACAAAGUGGUCAUCUCAGUGGCCACCAGUGUCAGUGAAGUGGAGACCCACGGAACGAGCAAGCCGCAGAAGACCACGAAGCCACCGAAACCCACGGGCACAGCCAAGCCCACAACAACAACAACCACCGCAGCAGCGACAACCACAGUGAAAACCACAGAGGCACCGGCGAGCAGUAUAGAAUUAGCCUCAUCUACAUCAUCUUACACGGAUCUCAGCAGUGAUUUGGCAGCCAGCAGCAGCAGCAGCAGCACCACCACCACCACCACCACCACCAGCACCACCAGCAGCCCGACAACCGCAGCUGAAACCACAGAUUACAGCGGCGAAGAACCGAACACAACGACCAUCGAGGCUACAGGCAGCACCACCGUGGCACCCGCCAAUGCAUUGGAGGGCGUCGAUUACAAGGAAGUUUGCGGUCGUCGCAUGUUCCCCGAGCCCCGCAUCGUCGGUGGAGCCAAUGCGGCCUUUGGACGCUGGCCCUGGCAGAUCUCCCUACGCCAGUGGCGCACCUCCACGUAUCUGCACAAGUGCGGAGCUGCCCUGCUGAACGAGAACUGGGCGAUCACGGCGGCCCACUGCGUGGACAAUGUGCCACCCUCCGAUCUCCUGCUGCGCUUGGGAGAGUACGAUCUGGCGGAGGAAGAGGAGCCCUACGGCUACCAGGAGCGUCGAGUGCAGAUCGUCGCCUCGCAUCCGCAGUUUGAUCCGCGCACCUUCGAGUACGAUCUGGCUCUGCUCAGGUUCUACGAGCCCGUCGUCUUCCAGCCGAACAUCAUUCCCGUUUGCGUGCCCGACAACGAUGAGAACUUCAUUGGCCAGACCGCCUUCGUCACCGGCUGGGGCCGCCUCUAUGAGGAUGGACCCCUGCCCAGUGUGCUGCAGGAGGUGGCCGUGCCCGUGAUCAACAACACCAUAUGCGAGUCCAUGUACCGCUCCGCGGGCUACAUCGAGCACAUACCGCACAUUUUCAUCUGCGCCGGCUGGAAGAAGGGCGGCUACGACUCCUGCGAGGGCGACUCCGGUGGCCCCAUGGUGCUGCAGCGUGAGUCCGACAAGCGGUUCCACCUCGGAGGUGUCAUAUCCUGGGGUAUUGGGUGUGCGGAGGCCAACCAGCCGGGCGUCUACACCCGCAUCUCGGAGUUCCGGGACUGGAUCAACCAGAUCCUGCAGUUCUAG